AUGUUGAAUGAAAGUCAACAACGUGCUCUUCAGCAGGUAGAAAUGGGCCAUAACAUUUAUAUUGGAGGACAAGCUGGAGUUGGAAAGUCAUAUCUGGUGAAGUCAAUUAUCAAUGCAGCAAGAAGUAAAGGGAAGAAGGUGGCAUUGACUUGUACCACGGGCAUUGCCUGUUCUGUUUACGAUAAGUUAAGCAGCUACAAUGUCAUAAAAUACUUGCAGAGUAUGGGUGCUAUGACUAUACACAAAUGGAGUGGACUGGGGGGUGGGCGCUUUUCAGGAGGGAAACUGAAGAUGCUUCUACAGCAUGAUGAAGCCUAUGUCGCGGCAAAAGAAAACUUUCUUGGAACAGACUGGUUGAUAGUGGAUGAGAUUUCAAUGUUUAGUGCCCAGAUGCUUGACAAGUUAGAUGUAGUAUGCUCUAUACGGUCUGAUAAAGCACCAUUUGGAGGAAUACAAGUGAUUUUCGUUUGGGACUUUACACAACUCCCACCAGUUCGUCAUUUGCGUUACGGUGAUGUAGGAUCUUUCUGUUUUGAAAGCAAACGCUGGCCACAGCACUCAAUUUUCCUUACAGAAAACAUGCGUCAAAAGGAAUCUAAACUUUGUAAAGUGGUAAAUGCUCUCUCUCUUGGAAGAUUGGAUGAUGAAAUAUUGAAUUACAUGUCUUGUCUCUCGAGACCACUGCAUGAAACACCAGAGACAAUCAAACUGUUUUCCAAUAAUGUGCUAGUUGACAUGUUUAAUCGGGAUAAAAUACUUAAUCACAAAGGUGGACUGUUUUGUUUUGAUGCAGUAGAUGAAGGCAGUAAAGGUGAACUGGACAAAUUGCACCAAGACAGUUGUGGUUAA